AUGCGUCUGAUCAAUACUCAUAGCUUCAAGCUAGAGGAUGCUGAAAAUGAGAAGGGUGAGCUAGACAAGAAAUACGCUAUCCUAUCCCACAGAUGGGGUGCAGAGGAAGUCACCUACGCGCGCUUUCAAGACCUAGCACAGGCCUCGCAGAUGCAAGGGUUUCGAAAGAUUGAAAGGUUUUGUGAGCUUGCUGCAAGGGAUAGCUACGAUUAUGUGUGGGUGGAUACAUGUUGCAUCAACAAGGAUAGUAGCGCAGAAUUGAGCCAAGCGAUUAACUCGAUGUAUGCUUGGUAUCAAGACUCAAAGGUUUGCUAUGUCUUUCUUGGAGACAUUGAAGCCAAGGAUAUUGAGGUGGAAGCGACGAGCAUCCGAGGUAGCAAAUGGUUCACCCGCGGUUGGACUUUACAGGAAUUAAUAGCUCCCAAGAACGUCCGUUUUUACGAUCGACACUGGACAUUCUUGGGCACGAAGCAAACCUUGAGUCCUAUACUGCAUCUAGAAACCGGGAUUGAGGAGAGAAUACUCCAUGGAGGCUCCUACGAUACCUCUUCGAUCGCACAGCGGAUGUCUUGGGCCUCGAAGAGGGUCACAAAGUAUGGCGAGGAUAUUGCCUACUGCUUGCUAGGAAUCUUCAAUGUGAACAUGCCUCUUCUCUACGGCGAAGGACGUAAAAAGGCCUUUCUUCGCCUUCAGGAAGAGAUUAUCAAGCAGUCAGAUGAUCACACAAUCUUCUCCUGGCACAUCCAUCGUGAGGAUCAACCCGGGCUCCUUGCUGACGAGCCCAAAGCAUUUUCAAAUUGUCAAGAUACCAAAGCUUUGCGGUCUCGGAAAGGUCGCUCUCCGUACUCUCUGUCAAACCGAGGCCUUUCGAUCAAAUUAUUGGCGGCUCAAUUGACGGUUGAUACUUACCUUGUGCGUCUAGAGUGUGCUAAUGGAAUGUUGCCAGUAAGCAACUCGCAACCUAACGAACCACGUCUUGGUAUUUUCCUGCGGAGACUCUAUGAAGACGACCAAUUUGCUCGUGUGAAAUAUAACGGCGAAACUUUCACGCAGCGCAAUGCCUCUUACUGGACAAAUCAGAUCGUCGAUCCACGAUACAACAUUGGCGCCUGGGCGUCCGGGCGGAAAUCACGGGUUGUUCAGCAGCUUGAAAUCAACGUACGCCAAGAUGUCAGUUCUUACCACAGUGACUAUCAUGAUCGCAUCCACGGCUUUCGAAUAGCAACUCCGGAAAUCCUCGAAAGCUCGAAAGGUAAAGAUCUUUUCUUAGUCAAAGGGGCAGCACAAUGGGACGGCGAACAGAAACUUAUGUUAAUGAAGCCCGGAGAGGCCCUCUUGGCCGGUUACUUGGACAUAAGCCCACAGAAGCGAAAAAUCAAAGUCAUCAGCCUGGGCUUUGAUUUCGACUUCAACCCCACUUGUUUCAUUGCGGGAGAUGGUGGGGUUGAGGAGAAAACCCGCGUCCUCAAUAGACUUGGUGGACUCAACUAUGGGUCUGAUGCUGAACAGGCGCAAUGGACGCCUGAAGAACAUGCACAAUUUCCUGGGAUUUACCAGAGAAGCCCACUGGAUCCGUUGGGUUGGAGCGAAGUGCGGAAUGGGGUGGCGUCCGAUUUGAGGCAGCAUUCUGGCCUGUGGGCUCUGAAAGGAGAUCGUAUUGAGGGGCUUGAGGCGCGGAUCGGCGAGUUUGCAACCCUGCGGAUUAAACGGGGUCGCUUGGGAGAACAGAUGGUUUGGGAUGUCUUUCUCGACAAUUGUAUCAAGGAGACUACUCUCAAGACGCUUUUCAAAAGUUCUAAGUGA